AAUAAGGAUAUGACCAAAUCAAGGGAAUUAUCCAUAGUUAAAUAGAACAUGUGUUUACUAAGUAACAGAUAAGAUGCUUUUCAUGACACCUGAGCUUCAUCUGCCAUUACUCCUCCUUUUGAAUUGUCGCCGGACGGCGCGCUAUACGGCAUACUGGAAAGAUGGUCGAACUCGGGAUCUCGUUUGGAACCAUCAAAUCUCUCUUGAUCUUCUUCGCCCCGAUCAUUGUACCUCGGAUUAUCAACUUCUACCGGAGCACACGAGUCGCAUUAGCAUCGCGCCCGGCAUCUCGAGCGCUUCCUCCGAAUGCAUCGCGUGCCUUGAAUGUCCUCUUCUUUGCCACUCUUUUCUUCUUCCUCCUUAGCCUCCCUGUUAAUCCUCAUGCGCCGAGUCCAAAUAUCUUCGUUCUGACUCGUUCCCGCCUUAACACCCCAACAGACAUUGUCUUUAAUCGACUGGCGCGUCAUAGACUAGAGAACGCUCUGACGGAUACAGACACGUUACUACGGUCAAAGUUCACGUCUCUGGGGGCUAGAAAGGUGUAUCUACGAUUUGGGCCCGAAACGUUGACAGGAUGUCAGUUCUGCUCGCUUGAGAACAUCAACACCUACCUCUUGUACUACCUUCCUUUCCACACGCUGCUCCCACAUCUCUUCCACAUGGUUAUAGUGGGCUUGGUCACCUCAGCCCCGUUCGCAGGUCGAGAGGCGGCAAGCUGGCGCAACAAGUUCACGAUGGCCGGUCUGGCGCUCGCUUCUCUAGAUACUUAUAUCGUCUCCACCUACGAUCCAGUGCAGUCCGCAUCUGCUGCUGUUCGAGCUGGAGUCAGUCCCCCGCCCAGCUUGUACCAUCAGAUUACCCUGUUGCGGCCCUUAGCGUUCGCAAUAUUCGACGGCAUCUGCGCUUUCUUGAUUUAUGUGACGGCCACUAAUCGCUUCUUUUUUACUCCCCCCUCUCAAGCGGAGCAAGUGGACCAAUUAGUGGGCUCAUCACUGUCGGCUCUGUCAGGAGCCACUGCGAAGCUCCACGCGGUGAAUGUGGCCCGCAACGCUGUUGUCAGGGACAAAGUGUUGAAGGACCGAGAUGAUGCAUAUUGGCGGACAGUGGUUGCGGACUCCGCCAAAGUUGACGGUGGGGACCUAUCGGCCAAUGUCUGGGAGGAAGAAGAAGUGGUGCGAGCUAUGUCACAGGCGAUGGCAGGUCAAGGCGGAGUGGAUUUGGCUAAAUUAGGGAUUAGUGCGGCAGAGUAUGUGAAUGGAGUGACGGCAGGCUUGGAUAAUGACGCUGAACUCCGCGAGUCAUAGUAUUUGUUGCUCUUUUAUGUGUCAUAAUAUGUAUAGUAUGAUAAUCCAUAGCCAAGUUGCCGUAAGUUUAUUCCGCAGUGUAUGGAGUGUAAAACCAAACAUACACAUACCCACAAGAAAAAAAGAAAAAUUAAAAAAGAAAAGAAAAAAAUGGGUUUAUCUCUGAUGGCUUAUCGAGCCUUAACUGGGAACAAAGCAUCAUCCUCCAAUUGAUAGUCCCCUCGAUGAUCCUCAAGGGUCCAUUUGAUAUUAGUAGGAAACCAGAUGACCCAAGUGGUAGGUGUGGGAUAGCCUCUAAAACAAGC